AAUCACUUUCCAGUGUUAACUUAUUAACCUACAGUCAUUUAGUUGUGUCUGUUGACGACGGAAGGGAGUAAAAUCCGAAAACAAAUCAGAUAUUAUUGGAGGAAAAAACAAUUUAAUUUUUAUUUGUAAAUCAAUUUGACUUCCAAACCCAAACUAGACAUCAGAACUUUACUGGCAAUAGGUAAAAUCUACCACUUGAAGCCACCAUACACCUCUCCCAGGGAGGUGUUCAAAGCCAGGGACAGAAAAACAAAGCAAGUGGUCGCUAUGAAGAAAGUCUUGAUGGAGAAUGAAAAAGAAGGGUUCCCAAUCACAGCCCUAAGGGAAAUCAAAAUCCUGCAACAACUUAAGCAUGAAAAUGUUGUCAACUUGAUAGAGAUCUGCAGAACAAAAGCAACCCCCUACAACCGAUACAAAAGCACCUUCUACCUGAUCUUCGAAUUUUGUGAGCAUGAUCUGGCUGGACUCUUGAGUAAUGCUAAUGUCAUGUUCUCCCUCGGCGAGAUAAAAAAAGUCAUGCAACAACUGCUGAACGGACUGUAUUACAUUCACAGUAACAAAAUCCUCCACAGAGACAUGAAAGCCGCAAAUAUUUUAAUAACAAAGAUGGGAAUUCUCAAGUUGGCGGACUUUGGACUAGCUCGAGCAUUGAGUCAUAUUUCAAAGUAUACAAACAGGGUUGUCACAUUGUGGUAUAGACCUCCAGAGUUGUUACUUGGUGAGAGGAAUUAUGGCCCUCCAAUUGAUAUUUGGGGUGCAGGAUGUAUUAUGGCAGAAAUGUGGACAAGAUCGCCCAUUAUGCAAGGGAAAACGGAACAACAUCAGUUACAGUUGAUUAGUCAGCUGUGCGGCUCAAUUAAGCCCGAAGUUUGGCCUGGGUGUGAUAAACUUGAAAUGUAUAACAAGCUGGAAGUUCCUGAUGGACAGAAGAGGAAGGUCAAGGAAAGGUUAAAGCCUUAUGUGAAAGACCAAUAUGCCCUUGACCUUUUGGACAAGUUGCUAUGCCUUGACCCCUCAAAAAGAAUUGACUCAGACUCAGCGUUAGAUAGCGCAUUCUUCUGGGAGGAUCCCCCACCGCAGGAUGUUAGCAGAAUGCUUGCCCAGCACUCUACAUCAAUGUUUGAGUACCUGGCUCCACCCCGUCGGCCCCAGGGGGCAGGACGACCUCAGAUGCCUAUUCAGGUCCGCCCUAAUCAGAACAUGGACCAGCACUUUGAACGAGUGUUCUGAAGAACUCGAAUUUGCCAAGUAUUUGUGUAUAAUUAUGUUUUGAUUUUGUGAGAGUAAAAUAAAUAAUUUAAGUUCAUAAAACAGUACUGAUCUAUGUGUGAAUGCCAUUGCUAGCUAUUCUUGUUAAAAGUACAUGUUUUAUUGGAAAUACCUCAAAGUAAAUUUACGUUGCAUGGUCACACUGUUUCCACAUUAUUUUCCAUCAUUUCUAGGAGUAAGGCUGUUUUGAACUAUCUGAAUCAGUGUAUCAAAAGUCUUGAUAACAGAUGGCAAACGCCACAAGUUUGUAUAUUUAUAAGUUGCCGAUGAAAUUAAAGGUUGUUAGCAAAUUUUUUAUCUUUACUUGUACUUGUAGACACCCUGAUACUCAUAUAUAAUAAAUCACUUGGGGAGUGGCUUUGUACCUGCCACUCUCAAAUUUAGGGUUUAAGCUGGGUUUUAUAAAGGACUGGGUGCUGCUGCAAAAGAGGGAAAGGGGGUUAAUGAGAAAAGAGAACAUGGUAUCAUGCGAUGCAGGGCUUGAACAUAAUAAAUUUGACAAAAAAAUGCUACAAAUUGUAAUUGAAGUAAUAUAAGGUUUCAAUUGCCGAAAAUGUCAAGGUUGUAUCAGUUUAUAAUAGCAUUGUACGUUUAAAAA